UUUAGUUUGUUUUAAUUAUUUGAGCAGACAAGAACACAAGUUAAAUUUCAUGUAAAUUCUGAUAUUAGUUUGAUACAUUUGGAGUAUUUAGUCCAUUUUGCUAUGGACAAGGACAGGUGUAAAUCUAACUUAAAUACGACAAGGAAUGCAAAAUGCAGCAAACCAGAUACCUGCGUUCAUUUGCAAUCCAUCCGGCAAAAGCAACAGCAGAUAUGCACACAAAAUUCUACUCAGGUACUGCAUGUGGUUGACAAUUUUCAGCCAAAUCGAAGCGAGGACAAAUUUUUCGAUUGCCUGAGCGUCGGAGACAGUGAUUGCAAAAAAUGCGCCAGCAAAAAAAUUAGCAGCUGCAAGUCGGGCAGGUCGGCCAAGGGUCCUAAUAAGAGCGAUAGCAAUAGACUAGACGACCCGGAGGCAUUACGUGCUGCUCUGGAACGUAUAGCCCAUGGCACUCAAAUGAUGCUGAAGAAUUUUGAGCAGUCGAAGAACGGAUGCCGCAAGCCCUGUAAUGCGACCCUUGAAAUUACUGCACGCCUAAUAACCGACGCCAAUGAUAGUGGUCCUAAUUGCCAUUUCCAAGGCAGACCAGUUACAAUGAAAAUGCCUUUAGAGUUUGAUCCAAGUACUGGUCAAUUGGGUACUAAGUCAGUAUCUUCUUCAAGAAAUGUAGUAUGCAAGCAGUCGUGCAACAACAAUCAGCCACCACUGGAAUCCAACACAGCUUGCCUAGCUCUGAUGUAUAUGCGGGACGAACGACCAUCUCCGCAGAGCGCCCCCGCCGCCGAUGCCUCCGCUGCCGCCGUUGUCGAUAAUACAAAUAUUUCGCGAAAAAUGCAGACAGAUAAAUCCUAUUUGCAGGAUAAGUGGAGGCCAAAUCGUAUAGAUUUUGAGCUCGAAUCGAACAAUGUCAGCAAGAAUACGUCUCCAACGGAAAUUCAAAGCAAACCGGACGUGGUUUCUAUUCCAAGCAAACCCUCUCAGACAGACACAUCUUUUCUGUACGACAAAUAUAUAAUUUCGCGAGGAGAGCGUAACACACAGGACUCACAAUCCCAAACAGAUGUAAAACACGACCUCCAAGCGAUGGGCAACAUUCGUUAUCCCACCAACUAUGCGCCCGUCAGAAGUGACGAUAAUCUUAAUGCUAAUGAAAAUCAAUCAUCUGCCUCUUCCCAAAUUGUUUCCCAUCGAUCAUCAGAGCCAACAGUUCCAGCGACAGCUCUAAUGUGCCCCUCUAAAUCAAUGCCCACCGUCUGUGGAUCGACUACUUUCCAGUCUGCUAGUUCACAGCUGAGCGCUCGGUGCCAGCCAUGUGGAUGCCGAGGCCAAGACACCCAAUGGUAUAGUUUGGAUUCGGACUCGAGUCAUAUUUGUCCAUCAGCCACAAAGCAGCCCUCUACCCUUUCGCCAAAGAAAUGUUGCAAUCGCUCUCCGGUCACUAAACCGCUUCCUUCGUGUUGCCAGCCCAAGAUGCAGUCUAUUCAAAACCAAUCAAUACGUACAGAUUUUUCAUUACGAAAAUGCAGUUGCAAUUCUUCUACUUCUCGCGGUAAAUACAAAUCUGCCCUACCGACGCGCUCAGGAUAUGCAGCUUUGGAUAUUGAUAUCGAGUCAAACACGCAGUAUUCAAAGAGAAGUUGUAAUUGCCAAGCUACUAGGACGUCAUAUCAAAGGUCACAAUCCUUGCCAUGUAGUAGUGUUCUAAAUAAGACAAAUCGAAACGUGAAUGUCGUUUAUUGCCCUAAACGAGAUUAUGUCUUCGGUUCAAAUCAAAUCGAUGUUGAAAAAGCGCUUCAUUUAGAUGUUUGCAACUGUGCUUCUGAUCGUUCCGCUAGUGCUUUUGCGCAGAGCAAGGACACAUGUUUCCUGACUUUGGAAAAUAAUUCAAAAGCUGUAAAUGCUACAGCAUGGAACAGUGCCAAGUCUGAGAAGUCCCAUGGAUGUUCGAAGUCAGAGGAUGAGCCGGCAGUGAAGAAUGCGAAAUCCGAAAAGUCCUGUGGUAGUUCAAGUACUGCGAAUGCCAUAGCUUGGAACAGUGUUCAAUCUGAGAAGUCCUGUGGAUGUCCAAAGUCAGAGGUGGCGACUACCUGGAAAAGCGCGAAAUCUGAGAAGUCCUUUGAAAGUUCAAGAACUGCAGACGCGACUGCCUGGAACAGUGUUCAAUCUGAGAAGUCAUGUGGAUGUCCAAAGUCAGAGGUGGCGACUACCUGGAAAAGCGCGAAAUCUGAGAAGUCCUUUGAAAGUUCAAGAACUGCAGAUGCGACUGCCUGGAACAGUGUUCAAUCUGAGAAGUCUUGUGGAUGUCCAAAAUCAGAGGUGGCGACUACCUGGAAAAGCGCGAAAUCUGAGAAGUCCUUUGAAAGUUCAAGAACUGCAGACGCGACUGCCUGGAACAGUGCAAAAUCUGAGAGGUCCUGCACUUGUUCAAAGACAAUGGAUGCGUCUGUAUGCAACAAUAGUGCGAAAUUUGACGGAACAUGUACAGGAACAUGUCAAUCUAGCACAAUCGGUAAGGUUUCAGAUAUAUGUUCCACCACCAUGAAAAGUAUUCCAGGAACAACAAAUGCGACUGUUUGGAACAGUACGAGGUCCGAUAAGUCAUGUGGUAAAACAGGAAAUGUCAAUGAAAUAUCCUGUACAUGUAGUCCCAGUGAUCAAAAUAUUAUUGGGAAGCCAUUCAAUAAAGGCGCCUCUAAAAUGUCUAGUAUACCAGGAAUUUCGAAUGUAACUGCCAGGGAAAGCAAGAAAUCUGAAAAAUCUUGUGGUACUUCAGAAAGACCAAAUGCUUCAGAUAUAUGUUCCACCACCAUGAAAAGUAUUCCAGGAACGACAAAUGCGUCUGUUUGGAACAGUGCAAGGUCCGAAGUUUGUACAUGUGGAGAAAGUGAUAAAAAUACAAUUCUGGAAACAAUCGUGGACACGGAAAGUAUUCCAAGUACUGUCAAUGCGACUGCAUGGAACAGUUUGAAAAGUGAUAAGUCUUGUGGUAUUACUGAAACAAGCGGUGCUAUUAGGUGGACCAGUAUUAAAUCGGAGAAAUCGUGUGCAUGUGGUCCCAGCUAUCAGUCUAUGAUUAGCAAACCAUCCGAACUUGCCGUGGAACAUCUUCCAAGCGCAGUGAAUGUGCCUGCUUCCAACAAUGAAAAAUCGUAUAGAUCUUGUGGUAUUUCAUGGCAAAUUAAUGCGACUGCAUCCUGUGCUUGUAAUAGCCAAAAUAAAUCCAACAAAUGCACAAGUAUACCAGGAACAAUAAAUGCAAUGUCAAUAAAAAGUAGUAAGUCCGACAAGUCAAAUACAAAAUUUUUUCCUACGGAUAGUAAUCCUGAGACUGGCUGUGACUCUGAUAAUUUGGCUAAAUCAUCUAAAUCGCAAAGAAGUUGUCGGGCAGUCAAAAGUAAUGCAAUAAAUAAUGCAUCGGAAAAUACGGUAUCUAGUAAGAGCUGCGUUGCUGGUCCUAGCGACUUGGAAUAUUGUUCGGCUGUCACGAAGACUAAUCCACCAACUAUUGCAUGGGCUAGCCUGCAUUCUAUUAGUCAGGGUCCCGUAAGUAAAUCGUCGAAAACUGAACCGACAACAUCCUGUUCCCGUUCAGUUAUGGCUCAGAUAACUUGUCUGUGUUCUCCUGAACAAAGAGCCAUGCUGGGUGAAAGGGGGCGGGAGGCAGACGAUAGUCCUCCCUUUGUUAGGGUCAAGGAAAGCUGCCUUGAAUGCGGAGUGUCUGUAGUUAAUCCCUGUUUGAUAUCCGCAACUGAUACCACCCAUAAUGGUACUGAAGACUAUGAAAUCUCGAAAUCUUGUUAUACGACUACACCAUCCCAAGUAACAAAACUUGUGUUUAUGCAGGCUGAUGGAUUCUGUGAUUGCUCUUCUUCCUCGAAUACAUCGAUCUCUAAAUUUGCUGAUAACGAGGAUUGUGAAACAAGCAACAAAUCACCACGUAAAGUGGACGGCGAUCCGGCAAAGAAUUCGAAUUCAAGAAGCUUUGCUUGUCCUAAGGCAAUGAAUAGCGGAUUAAAAUCACAAUCGAAAUCAAAGCAUCUCUCAAUGAAAAGCGCCAUCAGUUGCUCCUGCGAUAAGGAGGUAACAGACUAUACGUCAACACGCUCCGAGCAAACCCAUUGUUCAUGUAAUAUCAAGACAUCGACAUAUGAUCUUUCAAUACAAGACUUUGACAUGGAACCGGAAAGUGUAGGCGUCGUGAUGAACUGUAAUACCACUGUUUGUGUCGAUAAAGCCACUUUCGAUAAACUGUCGAGCAUGAAUCAAAGUAAUCAAUCGUCCCGAAGUCAAAACAACGCUAGAGAGCGUUUAUUUGAAAUGGUCGAUUUGGUGACCAAUACCAGGGACCCUGGUGUAAACCGUGGCGAUGUGGCAAAGCAAAUAAUUCGUGAAUUGACCAUGAUAUUGCGGAAAGAAGAAGAGGAAUCUAAACCACCAAAAUUAUCAUUUGAAGAUUGUAUGGAAGCUGUUCAAAGAGGAGAGAAACUCGCUAAGAAUCAACUUCAGACCGAGGCUGAUGUUAAUCGGAUGCAGUGCUUAGGUCAAAUGGAGCAAUACCUACAGUCAUGUUUUCCACAAAAAAAACUCAAAGCGGUUCAGGAGACAGAAAUAGUGGCUUUCGAGAUUGAUCCUAAUUUCAUACCAUAUCAUGCAAGUCCGUCUACAAGUGAACCCGAAGCCGAAACUCGGGAUGUCGUCCAGUUUGCAAGUUGCUAUACAGAAGUAGAUACUCGAUAUGUUGGAAGUUGUUACACUGAUGAUAAUGAGUCAAAACAAAUUUCACCAAAAGGUGGCUCGCUCGGUACACGGUCCAUGAAGGAUGCGGAAAGUCGCUUAACUGGUUCCAUUAAAACUAAUGAGCCAAAACAAAUCACUUCAAAUCGUGGUUCUGUCGGUAGAACAUCCAUGAAGGAUACUGAAAGCCGUGUAUCUGGUUCGAUUAAAACUGACAUAGCUUCAGAUAAAUUCUUGUCUCCUUUAGCAUCGACUGGUAUCCCAUCCGAAUCAUGGUUAAGUACAAUACCUAACGCAUCUUCGGAGAUCUCAGAAGCUCAAGCAUCAAUAGAGCCCAUUGCAGCACUUGAAGAUACAACAAUAGUCAGCUCGGCAAAUAUGGCGUCACCCAACUCAGAUGCUAAUACUUCAAAAAGGGACAGCAAAGUAGAAUCACUCUCGAAAGGCGGCAACGAAUCAAUGUCAUCGGUUCAUCCUAGCUCGGGACGCGAUGAAUCAUCGCGUUCUAAAGAGAAAUCGCUUGGACAUUCGAAGCCGCAGUUACCAGAGCCUCAAAUUUACAUCAACUCAGAAGUCCAGUGUAAUAAUGAGCUUUGCCCAGCGUCGGUAGUUCAGGGACCGAACCGUACAGAAGAAGCAUGCGAUAUGUGCGAGUUAGAUGUCAAUGACCCAUUAAGUCCACUUACUGAUCGAGAGCGACUAUUAUGCGAGUAUUUACUGCGACGAAUGUGUGAACUAUGUGACGAGGAUAAAGAACUAAAUGGAGAUUUGGAAGAGGAUGUCUCCGCUGAUCGCCCGUCUCUAAAUCAGCCCUGCCUUUGCUGUCAUUGUCGCGCUUUAGUUUGCGACAAUCAGUGCAAAACCAUUUCCAGGACCAUGGACUCGGCAAUGUACGAUCCCGUUGCUGAAAUGAAAUUCUUUAUUGAUUCCGUUGUAUUUGAUCUGCAGGCCAUGGAGCAUGUAAUGAAUAAAAAUAAAAUUAGCCCAAAAAGUCCAAAGCCAUCGUCAUGUAUGGGAAGUGCACCAGGCGAAAGUUUUCCAGUCACCAUAACUGAUAUUUCGAGUCUUGGUUGUCGAGCUCUAUACGUGCGUUGGGAGCUGCAGGACUGUAGUGGCGUUGGGGGUUACGAGAUUUACGUGGAUGGACAUCUUACAAAUCGUUUCUUUAGUCAUCGACAUGAGGCUGGCGUUAUUAGCAAUGUGGAUGUAUCAAAGCGUCAUCAAAUUAUUCUGCGAGCACAGGCCAUAGGUCAGGAGUUCCCCGGAGAGGAAAGAGCCAUCUGUAACGCUAUUAUCAAUGCCCACCCGGAGAUGUUGGUGGGUGCCCAACAGCCUUGGUCACCCAGUGUAUAUUUUUACGAACCAUAAAAUGCGCCUUAUUUGGCCAAGGCGUUACUAGUCAAACCGCAUUUUGUGUAUGUUCACCCCAGUUAGGUUUAUGUAUACAUAGUACGCACUUUUGAAAAAUAUUGACAAUGAGAAUAUAAACAUACAUAAACUAAUUGUUGACUUCAGUUUUUAUGUUUAAGCGUAGACAGAAAAGAGAUUUUACGAAUGAAAAAAAUUGUCCAAACAAUCACAGAUGUAUGUACUAAUAUAUGAAUUUGAGUGCGCAUCAAAAGUGUCCUUAACUAGUGCCUUAAAAUUACGAAACUUAUUGAAAUGAACAUUUGAGAUUUAAAUAUAUAAAGUGAGAUGGGUACAAUAAAAUCCAAAUUAAUUGUAUUUUAUAUCAUAUUUCUAGUUUUGAAAAAAAGUGUGUUCUCAAAUUGUAUUCGAUUUGCACUGUAUCAAUGAGAAUGUUUUGUAUUGUCACAUUAUAUAAAGUCACAACUGUUUCUUAUAAUAUAAUAUAUUAACAUAUUGAACGAAAUGUAAAUUAUAUAAAGCCCAUGAAAUGGUAAACUGUGAAAGCCUAUGAAUUAGAAACUCCUGUACUUGUUAAGCCCAUCUCACAAUACCGAGAUUGUAAAUAGUAUAGUCGUAUUUAUAUUUCUUUACAGAAUUGUUUAGACCGUAUUAAAAAUGCAUUGCAAGUUAUUUAAUUAAAA